AUGAAGCGGCCGAUUUUCACGGGCCCUGGAAGCCUCAAAAGGCAGAAGAAGCCGGAGCCUGCGGACGGGGCUUCGCAAUCUACGAGGGCCCCGCCCUCCCACGACGCGACGCUGGGUUUCGAACAGUCUCCGCGACCCUGGUUUCAGGAGAAUAAUGACAAUUCCGAGGUCAACUGCAAGGCGGUGCAGCAAGCACGUGCAGAACCUCCGGUGCCCCGGCCGAUAGAGGACUCUUUGGAGAAUGUCAUAGAAGGAAUCAAGACUGGGAAGCUCGCAGCACUGGCAAAGACCAUGCGAGAUGAAAUUGGCAUCAAGGAUUCUGCCUGGGAGAGCAUGGCUCCGAGGAACGCUGUCCAGGCUUUUUUGGGACGGUAUACACACGCACGCAAUCCUGAGUACGACUUGCAGCACAUCGCGCGUGACAACGGCGAUGUGUUGGUAAGACUUAGGACACCUGCCUUCUUUGGACGGCACUAUGAAGUUGAAGGUAAUGAGCCGAGAGAUGCGUGUGCAGCCUUCAAGUACGACCCAGAGGUUGACAAAGCAAGGCGAAAGCUGCUGCCGCCGCUGCAAAAGAUUCGCCAACACUGCAUGCUGAGCAAGGCCCAGAAGGAAGAGCUGAGAAAGAGAGGCUUUGAUGCAGAGGACGUCCAAAAUGACGUCUACAUGCUUGUGUACAGUGGCUUCAGACCACUCGGAUGCUGCACGGCGUUCUGGGACGGUAACGUCUCCAAACCGCCGAUGAUAUUCAAGAAGCCUGAGUGA